CAAGCUCAAGAUGAACAAUUAAUUUGGCACGCCGCGUGGCCAUUUCGUGCUGCAGCUGCUGAGGAGCCAAAGGCUCACCUGGAGCAGCCGCCUACUUUAGGUCAUGUCGCUGUUCUGCUGUGAUGGUGGCGGGCCUUGUGCGCAAAGUUCGCGGAUGAGGGUGGAGGCAAGUGGACCAGCGCCUAUAGUACCAGAUUCUCAGGGCAGUAGAGUUCAGACGCCCUUGCCCAUGUUGCAAGACUGGGACAAGCUUGGAGCGAGGGAGAAAGAGGUUGUGCAAGAGAAGCUGGAGAGCAUAGUGAACGCAUUUGCUCGCGAGCUCACCCGGGGCAAGGUGUUCAUGAAAUUGGGCCGAAAUGGACGUCUUUUCUAUCGGCUUUGCACCUUGGACAAACAGCUCACAGCGUUUUCCAUGCACAUCAAGGGAGCUAUCGUAGAGUAUCCGUUUAGCCACAUGCAGCACAUUAGCUUCGGUUAUGACCUCACAGACUUUACGCAUGUGCCGGUGUCCUUGCCAUCCGAUGCCUUAGCAGCGGUCAUAGUGAUGGACAACCGGCGAAUGAACCUAGUAUUUUCUUCGCCAAUGGAACGCGACGAGUUUGUGACGUGCAUGCUGGUUCUCAAGGAGCGGCACAGACGCAGCAACUCCUGAUGGGCUCUGAUUGCUCGCCGGCGCGAGCAAGCGCCUGUAAAUAGCUGGGGCUCCCGCAAGCUCUGCCUUGGCUCUAGAGCCUUGCAGACUGGGCUAAGCGGAGCUCCGCAGGAAUGAACUGAAUGCAGCUUGCUAGGAUUGCAGUGUUUCACACCCAUACAAAAAGUG